AUGGCAUCAGUUAGGAAUAACAUAAGCUUGCUAAUUGUGUUAAUUUAUGUUGUUGUUGAUGGAGUUGUUUGUUCUAUAAACUAUAAACAAGCUUUAACCAAUUCUUUGUUAUACUUUGAAGCUCAAAGAUCAGGCACAUUGCCUGCUCAUCAACGUGUUAUAUGGCGCGGCAACUCCGGUUUGAAAGAUGGCCAUGAUGCCGGCGUUGAUCUAGUAGGAGGAUACUAUGAUGCAGGGGACAACGUAAAAUUCGGGCUCCCAAUGGCAUUUACAGUAACCCUACUUGCAUGGAGUGUAGUUGAGUAUGGCAACCACCUUAAGGUUCAUAAUGAGCUACAAAAUGCAUUGGUUGCUAUCAAAUGGGGCACUGACUAUUUCAUCAAGGCUCACCCUCAACCCAACCUCCUUUACGCCGGUGUCGGCGACGGGGAUUCUGAUCACGACUGCUGGCAAAGGCCUGAAGACAUGACUACGCCUAGGACGGUGUACAAGAUCGAUGAGUCUAACCCUGGCUCCGACUUGGCCGCUGAAACCUCCGCCGCUCUAGCCGCUGCUUCCAUUGCUUUUCACCGUCUUGAUCCUAAAUAUUCAUCCUUGCUUCUUGCUCAUGCAAAACAGUUGUUUAAUUUUGCAACGACUCACCAAGGAAAAUAUUCGGACAGUAUUCAAUCAGUUACAAAAUUCUACUCGAGCAGUGGUUUUCAGGAUGAGUUAUUAUGGGCAGCUGCAUGGCUACAAAGAGCUACUGGAGAGAAAAUCUACCAUGACUUUAUAGGGAACUUUCAGGGUAAUCAAGGCCCUAGAUCGAUGUUCUCUUGGGACGACAAGUUUCUUGGUGCUCAAGUUCUUCUUGCCAAGCAAGUAUUAGAGGGGAAGGUGCCAAACUCAGGGAAUUGGGGUAAUUACAAUGCUGAAGCAGAGCAGUUCCUGUGCAAUUGUUUACAGAAAGGCAAUAACAACAUUUUUAAAACAAGUGGUGGAUUAUUAUGGUUUAAUGAAUGGGAUAAUCUCCAGUAUACAACUGCUGCUUCUUUAGCCAUCACAGUUUAUGCUGAUUACCUCUCAGCGACAGGGAAAUCACUAAAAUGCCCCUCUGCCUUGGUCAAUCCUUCUCAACUUAUUGCUGUUGCUAGAUCACAGGUUGACUACAUUUUAGGAUCCAACCCGAAGAAAAUGAGCUACAUGGUGGGUUAUGGGUCGAACUACCCACAAAAGGUGCAUCACAGAGGAGCCUCAAUUGUGUCUAUCAAGAAGGAUCCAACACCAGUUGGGUGUAAAGACGGGUUCAAUUGGUUUCAUAAGGACACACCUAACCCAAAUAUAUUGGUCGGGGCGAUUGUGGGUGGUCCGGAUAAAAAUGAUAACUAUGUUGAUGAUAGAAACGAUUUUCAGAUGGCUGAAGCUGCCACUGCUAACUCUGCUGGCCUUGUUGGGGUACUAGCUAGGAUCAAUUGAACUUGAAUACAACUAGGAGAUUUUUUGACCUACAUUCAUCUCAUG